CAUGAAUUUGGCGGGUCUCAUUUAAUGGGCGCCAUAAAACCAAACGUUUGGGAGGGGAAAACAGAGACAGGCAACAGACAGGGGAGAUGGGAUUAUGGGUCCGUAACUUGUUUAAAAAAGAUGGCAACUUUUCAAAAAAACAUAUGCAAAGACGAAAGCUUUUCUCCAAUGGUGAAAAGUUGCGCGGGAACUUCUUUUGGCUGACAAAAGAACUGUUAGUUAGUAUUACGAGGUUGAUAGUGAGGACUGAGGAAGUGUUUAAAGAUCACACAACUGGAGUACUCUGCUUCAUCUGAGAAGGGUUCCAGAUCCAUGAGCUUUGCAGGGGGACAGUCUGCCUCGAAUGAAAGAACCUGGAGUCGUAAACCCAGAUCAUGAUCAAAUGCGAGAAGUGAAACCGAUCCCCAAGGCUGUUUUCUAGUUGUGGCCGUCCAAUGAGGAUUCCACGUCAGAAUCACAGUGGAGAUGAUCGAACGAGUCCUGGAGCUUGCAUUUCAGCAGAUUUACCAGUUUACGCCUUCUGGCCUCCAACCCAAUUCUUGUGCACAGUCAGAACCAUCAGGGAAGGGCUCCAAAGCAUCUUGCUUCCCGUUAACGUAGUACUCUACAACAGCUUUCAUUCUAGGAAACUUAUCUGGGUGAUAAUUCAGCAUGAAGCCCUUCGUAACCCGGGUGAGACGGAAAGUAGAGCUCCUCAUUAAAAACCGCUUGGUCCCACGAAUUUGGCUCGCGAGAUAACCUCCCUGCAACUCGAUCUAACAGCUCGAUUGCAGGCAGAGUCGGCCUGAUGUAAAAGAACCCCGAGUUGUAAACCCAUAUCCUCAUCGUGUGAGCAUAUCGAGCCCACCCCAUGGCAGGCUCAUCGAACACAUCGUUGAAACCGUAUGCUGUCAUGUUGUCAUGGCCGUCAGUCAUGGACUCCACGUCACAGUCUCGGUACAGGUGAUUGAAUGGGUUCUGGAGAAAGACAAUGUCGAUAUCUGAGAGCAGCACACUGUAUCCCAGCUGGAGAAACUCUCUCAAUACUCGGAAUUUCAACCCAGAGACUGCAUGAUUUCCCCCAGUCCUUGCAAUCGAGUCGACACCUUCAUCUGGAUCUCUUUUGUACACUGGGACCCCAUUCGAUUUGCAGAAAUCAACUAUAUGAUCGUCGAGUGCUACAACAAGGUAGUUUGGUAUCCCGACCCUUUUGAUGUUGGUGAACCAAACUUCUAGCAUUUCUUUCACGUUCGAAUUUGCUAGGGCAACAACGACCUCAUUCUGCACAGCGAUUUCCUUCAAGAUUUUUGACAGCCGAGGAUUGACAGAUUCGUCUGGGAGCACUGCAGGGUUGGUUCUUAAGCCCUUGACAGUGCCAAAAGGCCCAGCUUUCUGCUGUUUGCCUAACACCAGAACUUGCUUCUGUGCAUGAUCUUUUUCUUGUUCAGCCAUCUGCAGCUUCUCGUUGAGCUCCCUGGCUUGUUUCUUCAAUAGCGCGUUGCUCUCUGUUAGAGACACUAUGUCUGAUUUCAGCACUCGAAUUCUUUCUGGUGAUUCGCAGGAGGACGCAGCCUGAAAUUGGAAAGAUUUUUCAAAAUUUCCCAACUUGGCCAUCCUAACUAACUUACCAUCACAGCAUGAAACCACGG